CAAUCAACGUCCUCUUCAUCACCUGCUCCCGUCUCAAUGACGCCAAUCAAUGUCCUCUUCUUCAACUCCACGCAAAAAUAUUUAUUGGUCCGCACAUACAGGACCAAUAGAUAUUUCACUCAAACUGAAAACACCCAUAGAGAGAGUUGCACAAUGAGAAAACUUUAAUCGAGUUUGGAAAUGAUUAGCGAAACAAUCUCUAGUUCUUGAGAGCUCAAAGCAGACAUGAAGAUCAUGAGUCUAGCAACCAGAUCUCUCUCGAUUGAUCUCAUAGCCUUAUUUCUCUCCCUCAUCCCAUUCCUUCAAAUCAAAGCCCUUGCCCUUGACACAACAAUAUCAUCCUUUAGUCUUUCGAACACUAUUAAUGUUGCUGGCAACGAGACUGAUUUCCAAGCAUUAUUGGCCUUCAAGUCGAAUAUUUUCCCAGAAUAUCAAAAGGCCUUGAGCUCAUGGAAUGGAUCUCUCCAUUUCUGUCACUGGGAAGGGGUCCAAUGUGGACGCCGACACGCAAGAGUCACCGUUAUAGACCUCGCGUCAAAAGGUCUAACGGGUUCUCUAUCUCCUUAUAUUGGGAACCUCAGUUUUCUUCGGGUGCUCGGGCUCUUCAACAACACUUUUAUAGGUGAAAUUCCAAUGGAACUCGGUAAUCUUUUUAGGUUACAGAAUCUGACUCUGUCUAUCAACAAUUUCGAAGGGAAAUUUCCAACAAGCCUAUCUCGUUGCUCCAAUCUCAGGCACUUAAGUGCAGCAAAAAACAAGCUAGUUGGAGAGUUCCCGAAAGAACUCGGUUACUCAAUGCCGAGACUCGUAUCACUGAUCUUAAGUAAAAACAAUUUGAUUGGAGGGCUUCCUCCAUCGAUUGGGAAUCUUACUUCUCUGGUAGUCUUUGGUGCCACUUACAAUCAGUUAGGAGGAAGUAUCCCCAACACUUUGGGUCAAUUGAAAAUUUUAAGAGAACUUUGGUUGGGUUUCAAUCAAAUUUCAGGUACCAUCCCUCAUUCCUUUUACAACCUAUCGUUGCUAGUUACAUUAUCACUGCCUAAUAAUCGGCUUUGGGGUACUCUUCCGCCAUCAUUUGGUUUCAUGUUCCCUCACCUUGAGGAACUUCAGCUCUACAAAAACCAAUUUAAUGGCCCAAUUCCGCUUUCAAUAUCCAACUGUUCGCAGUUGGGAAAGCUUGAAAUAAUGCAAAACAAUUUCAGUGGAAAAGUAAGAAAUGAUUUCGGAAACUUACAGAAUCUCUACUGGAUAUCUUUAGCUUAUAACAAUUUUGAAGCCAAGGGAACUGAUGGACUGGCCUUUCUUAGUUCUUUGACCAAUUGUAGCGAUUUGAGAGUGGUAGAAAUGGAGAAUGGUCAAUUCGGAGGGGUAUUACCGAACUCUGUGGGCAAUCUAUCUGUCUCAUCUGUCUCUUACUUGUCACUGGGUCUAAAUCAGUUGUACGGAUCUAUUCCUUCAACAAUAGGAAACCUUGUGAAUCUUCAAACCUUAGCUCUGAAAAAUAACCUAUUCACAGGCCCGAUUCCCAAUAGCAUAGGUUAUCUGCGUAAGUUGCAAGGGUUGGACUUUUCAAACAACAAUAUCACAGGUAAAAUUCCAGACUCUAUUGGGAAUUUGUCAUUGCUGAUUAAUCUAAACUUGCAGCAAAAUAGACUAAAGGGGGCCAUACCCUUUAAUCUUGGCAACUGUCAAAAUUUGUUACUACUGACACUUUCUGAUAAUAACUUUAAUGGGAGCAUACCAAGACAACUUUUGACGGUCUCUUCGCUGUCAAUUAGAUUGGAUCUAGCUCGCAACCGUUUGUCUGGAUCCUUGCCACUUGAGGUUGGAAACCUCAAAAAUAUAGGAGAAAUCGAUUUCUCCGAGAAUGGUUUGUCUAGUGAAAUUCCUGGGACUCUUGGUGGCUGUAGUAGCCUUGAAAACUUGUAUUUGCAGCAAAAUUCCUUUCAAGGAUCUAUUCCUUUAUCAAUGGAAUCUUUGAGAGGUAUUCAGAAUUUGGACCUUUCGAAUAACAACUUAUCCAAUCAAAUUCCGAGCUUUUUAGGUACAUUGGCCCUGAAGAAUCUCAAUUUGUCUUUCAAUAAUUUCGAAGGAGAGUUACCAAUGAAGGGUGUUUUUACAAAUGCAAGUGCAAUAUCAGUUGCCGGAAACUAUAGGCUUUGUGGUGGAAUUUUUGAACUACAACUAUGUCGAUGCACCACGAAAAAAUCAAGAAAUAUGAAGUUUCUUUCACGGACGUUAGGAAUCAUAGUAGCUUCGAUACUCGUUGGUGUAACCGUAGUGUCAUCUUUCAUCAUAUGUUUGUUCAAGAAGAAACGAAAGACCAAACCUAUUGUUUCAUUGUUGGAAGAUCCAUUCUUGAAAGUCUCUUAUGGAGAACUUCUCAAAGCAACUAAAGGUUUCUCUUUAAAUAAUCUGCUUGGUUGUGGUGGUUUCGGUUGUGUGUAUAAAGGUGUUAUUGAACAAAACGGAGAGUUGGUUGUUGCGGUCAAAGUACUUGACCUUCAAACUCGUGGCGCUACCAAGAGUUUCAUGGCAGAGUGCGAAGCCUUAAGAAAUAUUCGACAUAGGAACCUGGUUUCGAUCAUAACUUCUUGUUCUAGCAUGGAUUUUCAAGGGAAUGAGUUUAAAGCUCUAGUUUACGAGUUCAUGCCGAAUGGAAGUCUAGAUAAUUGGUUGCAUCCCAUUCCAGAAGCAAGUAAUGGCGAACGUGAGUUCGUGGGACUUGAUCUUCUGCAAAGAAUAGAAAUUGCCAUUGAUGUGGCUUGUGCUCUCAAUUAUCUUCAUUACCAAUGCGAAAGGCCAAUUAUUCACUGCGAUCUAAAGCCGAGUAAUAUCCUUCUUGACGGUGACAUGGUUGCUCAUGUUGGAGAUUUCGGUCUAGCUAGAUUUCGUGCAGAGUUCACCACUCCAAGUACUAGUUCAACAGAAAUUAGGGGAACCAUUGGAUAUGCAGCUCCAGAGUAUGGAUUGGGAAGCGAGAUGUCAACUAGUGGAGAUGUUUAUAGUUACGGGAUCUUGCUGUUGGAGAUGAUAACAAGGAAGAGACCUACAGACAUAAUGUUUGAGGGAGACCUUAACCUUCAUAACUUUACAAGGAUUGCCUUGCCUCAACGUGUGAUAGAGAUUGUAGACCCUAUGCUCUUAACGGAGGAGAGAAAUGGCAGCAAAAUGAUGGAAUAUCUAAUCUCCAUUUUAGAGAUAGGACUGGCAUGCUCCACAGAAUCCCCAAAAGACCGAAUGAGCAUCGAUAUCGUACUCCGUGAGCUUCAUCUGGUGAAGAGCAAUAUUUUGAAGGCCGACAUGGAAACCAAGACAAUGUUGAUAACUCGGGGUGUCCAAGCCAGCAUACGCACACUUCCAUUAGACAAUGUCGGAAGCAAACAAGAAUCCAAUCACCUUGCCAAUGUCCGCCAUGACCCUACAGAUCGAGCGGGUAUAUUAAACAAGAAUCAAUUUGAUUUAUGGUGUGACAAAUAAUGCUUUCAUCGUAAGCUUGACGAAUUAUAUGUUAGGACCACAUAACCAAUAUUUCGUAUGUUUCUAAGUAUGUCUUCAACUUCUCUCAACCUGUUGGGUACGCCUCGUUUAUAUUUGCUUACUUUUUCGAAUCCUAUCAGCGCAUUUACUGUACCAGUUUUCAAUUUGAACCAAAAAGGCAAGUAUAGUAUAUUGCUAUUCGGAUU